AUGGAGGCGAGGGCUCGCAACAGGACGUCGGAAGAGGCGACCACGACCACAUUUGACCGCCAGGACGACGGAGCCCCUGAACGUCGAAUAGACUUCUACUGCGUUGCCCUGGUGAUGGCAGGCAGCUACGAGGUUGCCCUCAUGGAGAACGCGGUGGCGAAGGGUGCCAGCGUCUUUCAGUGCAGCGGCUACGACGUGUUCAGCGGGGAGUCUCUGCAUUUGGGGGUGCACGCCAUCUCCGGCAAGGAGGUUGUCGCGAACGUCGUGGAGGGCCCCCUCGAGGUGGAGAAGGGCGGCGCCUACGGCACCGCCCUGAACUCCGAGGUCUUCGCGCGCGUCUGGAAACUCAUUUUCGAGGACGGCCUGUUCGCGCAGCACGACUGGACGGUCAAGGUGGAUCCCGACUGCGUCUUCCUUGCGAGCCGACUCGAGCACCAUCUGCAGCACGAGCGGCUCCGCGCGGAGGACAGCCUGUACCUGAACAACUGCAAGGACGGGCUUCACGGGCCCCUCGAGGUCGUAUCUAGAGGGGGGAUGCAGGCCUUUGGAGAUGGGCUCGACUCGUGCGUGGAGGAUCUGAGGUUCGAGUGGAGCACGUACGGCGAGGACGUGUUCCUGAGGCACUGCCUCGGCUUGCGUAGCGUGACACGCGUCGACCUCUUCGAGCUGCUGGAUGAGACGUUCGACGGGACACCCCCGUCGUGCGAUUCGCAGGCCGUCGCUUUCCAUCCACUCAAGUCCACGGAAUCGUACAGCGCUUGCCUGGCAACUUCGUCUCCGCUAGAAGAAGCGGCUUAA